AUUACCACUACCAACUGAACUACGUCGGUCAUCGCUAACCGUUUUUGUGAAGUGAAGUUACUCAAAACAGCUACUCGUACGAUUGUUUGUUCUUCGAUUUGCUAUUAAACUUAUUCAAUGAUCAAUACAAGCUUAUUUAUGAAAAUUAUAAGUGUUUUGUGAUUUGUAACAUUUUUAGGUGCAAAGUUACUACAAACUUACACUAGUGAAAAAGAACAUUUACUUUGAAAUUAAGUUGACUGGACUUUUGGAUUUGGUGUAACAUCCUAACACACAUAAAUGCAAAAUGGACAACUUAGACGAUUCAGAGAACAAUGCGAAGAUAUCAGAUUCUGCCUACUCAAACAGCUGCAGCAACAGUCAAUCCAGGAGAAGUCAUAGUUCGAAGUCAACCCAUUCUGGAAGCAAUUCAAGCGGCAGCAGUGGCUAUGGCGGGAAACCUUCCACUUCUGGAAGCAGCAACAACUUGGGGCAACCGCCCAAAAAGGACAAAGAUCCAAAGAAAAAGAAGCUGCUACCUCAGAUUGAGACUUUGGUACCUGAUGUAGUGGUGGAAGAGGCCAGGGCGCCUGAACCGACCCCAACUUUUGAUGCACCCAAAGAAGAGCAGCUAGAUGUUAUCCCGUCGCUGCCCCCUGCGCAUGCGCAGUCGGAGAAGGGAGUGGAGGACAUGGACAUAUGUGCCCCGGAGCUGGGCACGCUCAACGAUGAGGUGGUUACGUGCAACAUAUCUCAGGUUAACCCUGCAGCCAACUUUGUCACAGGCCGUCCUCUACAAGCUACGUAUUGCUCGGUGCAAAGUAAGCGGUACCAGGAGAUUGGCCGCUUCGAGAUGCGUUGUGAAAACUCUGAACAGUUACGUUGCAAGGACGGAUUUUCAUGCGUGAUAUCGAUGCAUGAUGGCGUGGUCAUGUACGCUACGUCGUCUCUCACUACUACUCUUGGCUUCCCUAAAGAUAUGUGGAUUGGCCGAUCGUUCAUCGACUUCGUACACCCAAGGGACCGCAACACUUUUGCGUCGCAAAUCACCAAUGGUUUGGCAGUCCCGAAAAUUGAUAAUGGUACGCAAGAAAAAGUACAAUUCCCAGCUAAUUCGGUGUCGACAAUGGUCUGUCGUAUAAGACGGUACAGAGGCCUCACUUCUGGUUUUGGAGUGAAAGAAAGAGUUGUGGGAUUUAUGCCAUUCUUGCUUAAACUGACCUUCAAGAAUAUUAGCGAUGAAGAAGGCAAAGUUAUAUACCUGGUCAUUCAAGCUACGCCCUUCUUUUCGGCAUUCAAAACUCCGAACGAGUUGGUAACAAAAGCUGUGCCGUUUGUGAUAAGACACGCGGCUAAUGGUCACAUUGAGUACGUUGAUUCGGAAUCCGUGCCAUACCUUGGUUACCUGCCGCAAGACUUAGCGGAUAAAGAUGCGUUAAUGUUGUAUCACCCUGACGACCUGAUAUAUCUACGUCAAGUCUAUGACACUAUUGUAAAAGAAGGAGGUCUCGCUAGAUCGAAAUCUUACAGGAUGAUAACACAAAAUGGAGACUACAUUCGUCUGGAAACGGAGUGGUCGUCAUUUAUAAACCCUUGGUCCAAGAAACUGGAAUUCGUUAUCGGCAAGCAUCACAUUGUUGAGGGCCCAUCUAACCCAGACGUGUUUCAAUCUCCCGACCCGGAUAGGACACAGAAAAUUCCAGAAGAAGAGAAAAAUAAAGCGCAAAUGCUCAGAGAAAACAUUAUCCGAACAAUGAAUGAGGCCCUAACUAAGCCGGCGGAAUUGGCUAAGCAACAGAUGAGCAAGCGUUGCCAAGACCUGGCUUCUUUCAUGGAGAGUCUUAUGGAAGAAGCGCCCAAGACUGAUGAGGAAUUACGCUUAGAAAUAAACGACCCAGACCAUAGUUACUAUGAAAGGGACUCGGUGAUGCUCGGUGGAAUAUCGCCGCAUCACGAUUAUUAUGAUAGCAAGUCGAGCACUGAAACGCCGUUGAGCUACAGUCUGCUUAACUACAAUGACACGUUACAGCGGUAUUUCGAUAGUCACCAACCUAUAUCCUACGAGGAAUACAACCCGGUCACCGGCGAGAAUGUCCUUGGACUGAAAGACACGAGACCGUUUACAAAUUUCAGUCAUUGCCUGUCCCCGAUGGCGCAACAUUCCAGGGACUCGGGUGAGAUGACGUGCUCAUCGGAUUCCAACGGUAUGGCAAUGGGCAGCAAUAGCCCUAUGAUGCCUCUAGGAGACUACCAGCCAAUCCGCCUCACCGAGGCCUUGCUAAACAAGCACAAUGCGGAGAUGGAAAAGGAAUUGAUGAAGAUACAUAGGGAGACUCGUUCUAGCAGCAAGGGGGAGAGGGAAAAGAAAUCUAAUGAGACGAGGAAGAAGAAGAAAGAGCAUUUGGCGAGGUGCAAUGCGUCUUACCAUCCUACCAGUGCUGGGGCCACCAAUGUUGAAUACCAGGUCGGAAAUCAACAGCAGCAACACGGAGUCAAGCGGGCUUCCAAACUGAUGGAGACGGACGUUGGCGCCCACAAGCACCACUGCCCGUCGCCCCGUCAGUCUCGCCGCAACAAACGCACUCUGAUGACCAGCCCGCCCGCCACGCAGCCCACCUCAGCCGUCACUACCACCGUCGGUCAGUUGGUCACAGCGUCCAAUCAGUGGCAAGCGCCUCCCGCUAAUAACAUGAACACGUUCAUCCUGGGCGUUGGGAUUCCGCAGCAGAUGUCCAUCAUGAGCCCCAUGCCUCAUCCCAUGCAAGCCAUGCACACCAUGUCAGCUGUGCCAGGAAUGUUCCCGAUGUACUACGCCCCGGCGGCUAACCCGCAGCAAAUGCCUGCGAGUUCCGCACACCACCAUAUUCCUUCAAGCAGCCACCACCAGUUCCCUGCACCCAUGAUGAUGUACGGUCAGCCAAUGUACGGGUCUCCUUUCAUGUAUUCGCCAAUGGCUCAGCAAAUGACCUAUCCCAUGCAACAGUCGAACUUGAUGGCCCAAACUAUGCAACAAAACACCAAUACUAUGUACCCACUUGGACUUACUAGCAGCAAUUACGAAGAGGCUUGUAAGCCCAGUUUGACGUUGAGACCAAACAAGUCUCAAGGAGUAUUGUGGCGCGACAAGAAACGACCAGAUUCACAAGGCACAUCUUCAAAAACAGACAAUGGCAGCGGUGAUAGUAACUCUUCGAAUGCCUUGAACCGGGAGUCGGGAGCCCACAAAAGUCACAUUGGCAACGAGAAGUCGACGAUUUACUCAACUGAGAUAAGGUCAUCAAACAGUUUGAGUUUGAAGAGCACAGACGCUGUGCAAAACACCCCGCCUUCAAGGGAGAGUCGACUCAACAAGCUGAACCGUCUGGGCAACAGCGACGAAACCCGUGACAAAACUGACGGAGAAUCUAGUUAUUCGUCAUUCUACUCCUCCUUUUUUAAGACUGAGUCCGGCAGUGCCGAGGAUAGUGGUGACGGCAAGAAUGCCAAGGAUAAGAGACUUAGGAGCCCUAUCAACGUGACAUCUUCCUACUAUGUACCUCAUCCUGCUAAGAAACCCGCCGCCCGGAGGAAGAUGGAACCCCCAUGGAUGGAACAGGUCUGCGUAACUUCGGAACUAGUCUACAAGUACCAGAUCCUUACCAAGUCCAUGGAGGAAACAUUGACAGCUGACAAAGAGAAAAUUGAAAAUUUAGAACAGCCGUCUCUAGUCAACGAGCAGCUGAGCCAGUUGUACCUGGACUUACAACUCGAAGGUGUGGCUGCGAGGCUCACCCUCGAGGAAGGUAUCACCAGCUCAAGCAGCUCCGGCGAGGAAACCACCACUAAUGUCACUAAGAGUUCACGGAGGAAGCGGGAAUACAGCAAACUAGUUAUGAUUUACGAAGAGGAUGCGCCCCUCCCCCCGCCCGCGGAGGACGCCGCCGAGGGAGAGGCCGAAGCCUCAAGUUCUUCUACUUGUUAAGGCAAAUCGUCACAAUUGACACAAGUCGUCAUCAAUGCACAAUUAACAUAAUGUGGCAUUACUAUAAAGUCAAGUAACAAAGACUAUAAAUAAUUAAAAUAAGCAAUACCAGCGAGAUGAUGAACCUCUGUCAAGAUUUCGUGCUAGUGAUUACAAACCAAGAUCUCAUUCUGUUCUCGACGUGAUUCAAUCAUAUUUUUUUUUAUGUGUGUGGCGGGUUUAAUUAGUCAAUAAGUCCAUUGUUGAUUCCCAAGGACUGCCAAUACACCAAAUAUAAAUAAUUGUAAUAAGUUUUCUAAAAAAAGUAUUUACUCUUUUGUUUUGCUACAUCUUUUCAAAUUAUAUUCCUGUUCAAAUUAGAGUGCAUUAAUUUAGGAAUGUUAAGAACAAGGUUUUGUCAUAGAAUAUUAUUAGCUGUGAUACGUAAUGUUGGUGCUACGGAUAAUAAGCGAAGCCUCGUAAUUUCAUAUUCUCGAAUUACAACGCUGAAGUUAGUUAUAAUUUAAGGUGGAUUGUCCCGAUGUUGUUAUUUAUGUGAAUAUACUCUGGUAUCUAGACAUUCAUUCGAUCAGUUGCUACAUAGUGAGUACCUUAGGUGUAUUAACCGUGACAUGAACAUGAAGGUACACACACAACAAUAGUACCGGAAUUGAUUUCCAUGCAUCAUAUUUCUAUAUAACAACUCUUAACAUUCCGGUGCUCUCAAGAGGUCUUAUUAAGUAUUGAAUUCAGGGUAAAGUAUUAUGGGAACCAGAAUCAACCAAACUCCGUUAUAUUUUCAGAGAUAUAUGUACCUAGUUAUAUGUUUGUUUCUUUAUUAAGUAUAAGUAUAAUAUAGACUCAAAAACUUGCAUUUACUCGAUUACGCAACACAUUGCUGAUAUGUUUGUGCCAUGUCCGUUUUAUGCAUUUUUACUCCUAGUUAGCUGGACUUGCGAUAUGAAAGUGUCACGUGUGUGUUGAAUAUAGCAUUAAAAUAAUCAAUAAAAGUAUUUUUGGUAAUUUUUGCGUCAUCGAGUUAGUCUGUUAUAUAAAAAUAGAUUUAAGAUGUCUUGCAUAAAUUACAACAUAUUUUGCAAUAGUAAAUGGAAUCAUGAAACUGAAAUAGCAACUAGCUUAAGUAGUCCAUUGCUGUAACAGGUGCCUUAAAAAUACAAUUGAAAUAUUUUUGCAGACAUUGAAGAAAUAGUCGAUCAAUAUUUAAAAAUAUAUAUGUUUUCGCAUUGGGAACUUUGCCAAUUCUGUACAGGGUUACCAAAGUUAUUUGAGAAGAAGAAAUAUUUUUUUAUUAUUUGAUUGUUAAAAGAUGUCGAAAUUCAGUCUAUUAGAACGACGGUGACUACAGAGCAUUUGUUGUAAACGAUAGAAUUGAAUAUUUCCAUUGAUCUGUUAAAUUUUAUAAGAAAAUUGUUGAAAUAUUGAAAGAAUUCUAUUUAAUGAGUAUUAAAAUUAUUCAUGAGACAUGACAUUCAUUCCUUUGAGAUAAAUACGAGCAGAGUUAUAUUUGAUUUGUUACGUUAGUCUUAAAUACAGUUUAAGUGUGAUUAGUUAUAAGUUAAAAUAUGUAUGAUAAUUGUAAAUUUGUUAGCACACUAAUGAUUACUAUAGUUGGUGUUAUUUCCGAUUUAAGGUAAUUUCAAUUAUAAUGCAUAAGAGAAAAGUAAUACUUUAAUGUUGAUUCAAAUUUACCUGGUGUGUUAUUCAUUUAUCAAAUGAUUAUACGUAAUUGUAAAAUUAUUAUUGCCUUGUGCGUCCAUCUCAAAAAAAUUCUGUUAAAUUCGUUUUUGUUUAAUAUAUUCUCGUGAACUUAUGUCAUCCCAGUUUAUUGUAGUUGAUUUUUUUUGAGUUUAUUUAAAAGUAAAUUCAAUAUCACUUCUCACUGAUUUAAUCAGAUUUAGAAGUGAGAAGUGAUAUUGAAUUUACUUUUGGUUAUGAUCAAGACAACGUUUAUUAUUUUACUUGUUGCUUUUAUUUUUAUUUUUUUUGAAUUUAUUAUUGAAUCAGUUUAGAAGUGGUAUUUAAUUUCCGUUUGUAUCGUUUAUUAUUUAACACAACCACCAUAAAAAGUCUUCUCUUUAGUUAUAUGGAUAUAAGGGUCAGAGGGAGAAUUACAAUUUUCUAUAGUGAUUAAAUUUUUUCUGUUGA